GGCUCUAUUGUAAUUUACCCAGGCUCUCGCUCUGAUUCUUCCUUCGGAAGACAAGACGUCAGCCCCGCUCUUUGUCCUCUUCCUCGUUAAAACCCUCGAAAACGCGGGAAAACAAAGCUCGGUGUUCGAGUUCAUCGUCUAGGGUUCCAAUUGACUGAAGCUCUGCUCGAAUCUCGCCAUGGAUUUGGACCCCGAGGGCAUUUUCAGAGACGACUCCGACUCCGAUAACGACUUCUUUCAGGAGAGAGAGGCGAGCAAGGAGUACGUCGUGUAUUUGGUCGAUGCCUCGCCUAAGAUGUUCAGUCCCGCUGUCACCGAUGAAGAUGAAAAGAUGGAGACACAUUUCCAUGUUGCGAUCAAUUGCAUUUCACAGGCCUUGAAGACGCAGAUCAUUGGAAGAUCAAAUGAUGAAGUCGCAAUUUGUUUCUUUAACACUAGAGAAAAGAAAAAUCUACAAAAUCUAAAUGGUGUUUAUGUCUUCGAUGUUAUGGAGCGAGAAUCUCUUGAUAAGCCCACUGCAAAGCUAAUUAAAGAAUUCUCUUCUAUUGGAGAGAAUUUCAUGAACAGCAUUGGUAGUCAGUAUGGGAUCAUAUCUGGAUCCCGGGAAAAUUCCAUAUAUAAUGCUCUAUGGGUUGGACAGGCUUUGCUGCGUAAGGGUUCCACAAAAAAUGUGAGCAAGAGGAUGCUUAUAUUCACCAAUGAAGAUGAUCCCUUUGGAACUGUUACAGGGGCAACCAAAAAGGAUAUGAUCAGAACAACCCUCCAACGCGCAAAAGAUGCACAAGACCUUGGUAUCUCAAUUGAGCUUCUUCCCUUGAGCAGGCCUGAUGAGAAAUUCGAUGUGUCUGUUAUGUAUUCUGAUUUAAUUGGUUUGGAAGCUGAAGAGGUAUCUCGGUUCUUGCCAUCUGUAGGGGAAAGAUUGGAAGAUAUGACUACUCAGCUGAAGAAAAGGAUGUUUACAAAGCGUAAAAUUAGAAGCAUCUGGUUCUCAAUAUCAAAUGAUAUAUGUAUCGAAGUGAAUACUUAUGCUUUGAUCCGUCCUACUUUACCAGGGGCAAUUUUGUGGCUUGAUUCUGUCACUAAUCUUCCAUUGAAGUCGGAAAGGUCUUUCAUAUGUGCAGAUACUGGCGCUUUACUUCAUGAACCACCUAAACGUUUUCAUCCGUACAGAAGUGAGAGUGUUGUGUUUUCUACACAUGAGCUGUCUCAAAUAAAGAAGGUAUCAAAUGUCCAACUUCGGCUUCUAGGAUUCAAGCCACUGGAUUGCUUAAAGGAUUAUCACAAUUUGAGACCAUCAACUUUUAUCUUUCCCAGUGAUGAGGAAAUUUUUGGAAGCACUCGCAUUUUCAUUGCUUUGCAUAGGUCAAUGUUACGCCUCAACCGGUAUGCAGUCGCAUUUUAUGGAAUCUCGGCUCAUCCUCAACUCGUUGCACUAGUUGCACAAGAGGAGAUAAUGAGUUCAAGUGGUCAAGUUGAGCCUCCAGGAAUGCAUAUGAUUUAUCUUCCAUAUUCGGAUGAUAUUAGACAAGUUGAAGAGCUUCACACAGCAGUUGAUUGUGUAGCACCUCGUGCAACAGAUGAACAAAUUGAGAAAGCCUCUAAUUUAUUACGGCGUAUGGACUUGAAAGAUUUCUCAGUUUGCCAAUUCUCCAAUCCAGCGCUACAGAGACAUUAUGGGAUUUUGGAGGCCUUAGCUUUGGGUGAAGAUGAGAUGCCAGACAUCAAAGAUGAAACUUGGCCUGAUGAAGAAGGCUUAGCCAGGCCUAGAACAGCCCAUGCACUUGAAGAUUUCAAAAUUGCGGUGUAUGGUGAAAACCACGACCAAGAAGAAGCUGAAUCCAUGGCUUCAAAAAGUUCUGCCAGUGAGGCUACAAAGAAGAGGAAAGCAACUGCAGAAGCAGCCGUGGGAAAAUACAACUGGGCUGACCUUGCAGAUAAUGGAAAGCUGAAGGAUCUAACUGUUGCGGAGUUGAAGCACUAUCUAACAGCACACAAUCUCCCAGUAGCUGGAAAGAAAGAAGUUUUAAUCAGCAGAAUUUUGACUCACUUGGGCAAAUAGUUUCUGUUCUCAUGCUUGGUGACUUUAGAGGUACAUGUUCCGUAUAAGAGAAAAAGAAACUCUCGGUGUAGAUUCUCUCCUUUUAACGUUAGAUCUCUCUUCAAGAUAAUCUGGCCGUGAUGUUGUGCAUCCUGUAUACUACGGCUGCUAAGUUAAGCGAGGAAAUAUUUUCGAACUUCCCAACGCGAGAAAUGUGUUCUAAA